AUGUCUUCAACACAAUAUUAUCUCAACAUUCUCAAUUCGAUAUUCCUCCCCAAUGGGUUGCUCUAUCUCCCGCUGACACUGAACUUCAAUACAUUCCAAGAGGCGCUCAACCGCAGCAAGUGCCAAUACCACGACGAUCUGAUCAAGAUCAUCAAGAGUUGCUCUCGCUUCACAGACAAGAAUCCUGGCCACACAGAACUCAAGUAUCAUAUAAGCACGAUUAUCGCGAUCAGAAACAAAACGGUGCACUCACUGUUCAUGAACACUCCUGAGUGUGUUCGUAAAUUAGUUGAGUCGCUCAACCACCUCAAUCUCGCAAUCAACGGCACACAGCCAUUCAACGAACUGCUCUCGACCAUUGAACUCUUGGUACACUCUUACAAACAAGCCCAGGCUCUAAAAAAGAAGAUUUUAUUGCCUCAAGACCAUCAAGACUCCGAUGAGAUCGAGAACGCAAACAGUAAUAGCUACAGCAAUGACAACAGCCAUCAGUCUGAUCUGGAUCACAAUGAUACAUCACUUUUCCAAGACGAUCAGUCAGAUGUGGCAGAUACAGAGAACAGCGAGACUCCUCCCUCCUCAGCUGCAGCAAUGCAGAAACACCCUUCACAACUCAGAGCAUUGCAUCCUCACGUCGAUCUCUAUUCAAAUGUCCAAUAUCAACCUCCUUCUAUGAAUAGAGCCGUUGCUCCACCUCAAUCUCAGAGUGGCAUCAAUAUCUUGCACGAAACUGCAUACUCAUCAAAGAUGCCAUCAUUCCCUGGUGCCCCACACCAUCCCGCCUCUCCCUUGAAAGAUCUCAGAGAUGUAAUCGGAAAGGGAAGCAGAGUUAUUGUGAAAAGUGGCAAGUGGUCUGGACACAUUGGCACAUUCUUAAAGUGGAACGGCUCCAAUGCCUACUUCAAUUUGGAGGGACAACCAGAAAAGAAAGCACUUGGCCUGUCCAUCUUAGUCCAAGUCAUCCAAUAA